AUGGGCAUGAGCUUGGGAGGGCUAUCAUUUCUAUCGUACAGCAUAUACAUUAGGCACGUCUAUAUUCUCGCUCAUCCAAGCAACUCUACUACGCCGUGGAUAUUCGCAAUCAACGGCACAGAUCCAACUUGCUGGCGACCUGUGACUUCAACCAUCGCCAUCGCGUCUGGAAGAGUUGAACCUCCAGAUAAAACUACCAUGUUUGGAAUGUCUUUGAACUGGCAAAUUGAUAAUGUUACGCUUGCCUCGAAACGAAUGGGAGGCGUUUACAAGCCAGUGGUCUUUAAUUCUUUUAUUACACUCACUCCAACCGAUUUCCAAGUCGACAUUAUGAAUUGGCAAGCCCAGCAGGUCGGAAGCGUGAAUGGCAUUUUUGAAAUAACACUGCAGCCAAGUGUUCGAAUGAGUUUAAUACCGGACGCAACGUUGCAAGCCGUCGCCAAGCAAAUGGCAAUCAUGAAUGGAUAUUACGGCGUACCUGUAAUAUUGCGUUAUGGCCAUGAGAUGAAUGGUGCUUGGAUGCCCUAUGGACAGCAUCCAACGGAAUAUAUUGCUAGUUUCCGAGCCCUUGCGACCUACGUCCAUGCCGCCACAAACAUGACGGCUAUGAUGUGGGCUCCGAAUGCUGGUCUGUAUUAUCCUUAUGGUGCAGUCGUCAAUGCUUCUAGCCCGGACUUUGCUGUUCUCGAUUCCAACAACGACGGUGCCUUCAACGUUCUGGAUGACCCAUAUUUGCCAUACUUUCCAGGUGCUGGUUAUGUAGACUGGGUCGGGCUUUCCAUGUAUCAAUACCACCAAAACUCCACAGCUGCCAGUGACUAUCUAAACGCUAAUGUUCCAGUCGGUCCUUGCUUUAUCAGAGACUACAUAUCUGGUACCCUUAAUUGCCAGCCUAGAAGCAGUAAUACCUCGAAUAGGGAUUUCUAUACUAAUUUCGCUGUGGCGUAUAAUAAGCCAUUUGCCCUCCCAGAGUCUGGAUCAGCAUACGCUACGAAUGCUACCAAUGUUGUCGCGCAGACUGUGGAUGAAGUGACGAUGAAAACCGCAUGGUGGACAUCCAUCCUCACGUUAAUACCAGGAUCUGCCGUUAAUCCUGUAUAUCCAUUGCUCAAGCUGGUAGUCAACUUUGAGGAAGCCAAAGCUGAGGCAGAAACCAGCACACUUUGGCAGAACCGAGAUUAUCGCAUCUCUUACAAUCCGUCGGUGGUGACGUCCUUGACCACCUCACUCUUCCCACCAGCUACAAGGAUGCUAUUUGGAUCCCAACUCUCGUACCAAUGUGGCGGACAAGUCCUCGUCACGAAAGCAGGCCCUUCGUCCUCAUAG